AUGGCUCUUAGAUUUACUGAGGCGGAGAAGGGAAAACAUCAGCUGAAAGAUGAUAACGUCGGAGAAACAACUCCCACUCCAGCUUCUGACCGUCAGAUGAACAUACUCCAGGAAGAGAAUCCACGUGAAACCUCAGGAGUAAGACAAGGAAACUCUCCAAUCCCUACUAUGGAGGAGGUUAUGGAAGAGUUACACAAUGCUACAAGGAGAUACCUGAACUAUCCUGACCCGGUGGAAGCAGCGGCAAGACGCCAGCGUGUCCUCCAUGGAGAUGCCAACGGCGAAAUGGAGGACGCGGCUGCAGGUAUCAUUAAAGCAGCAAGGGAGAAACAGAACCUAGCUCGUCGUGCAUUAACUGCAGAUAGUAAUCCAGUCACCCCACCCCCUCUACAGUUUAACCCUCUUCCUACACCCCUUUCUCCUGAGAGAUUUGCGGAGCAUUCACCAACAAUGAGAGGAAGAGAGGAGUUAGACUUGGCUCCCUGUAGUAGUGAGGCCCCGAUACAAAGAAACCAAACAAACUCCUUGGCGGGAGGGAAUGGACCUGCAAGACUCAGCUCUAUAAUUGUUAGUCCUAUUUUGGACAGGGGGUAUGAAAUUCAGGCAUCAAUAGAAGCAGAGGAAGCUGCAAUGGGAGAGGAGCCUCCCCUAGGACCACAAAACAAAAAGAAGUAUAAGCCGAGAAACACAGCUCGAACACCUAGAUCGCCUAGACUGACGCCAAACAUUCUUAGAGGCGCUAGCUCGAAGAAGAGAAACAUCUCACAACUUAACUGCUCACCAGGGAAUUGA